CCUCGGAGGAGGGUUUCUUCACUGGGCGCUACUCCAAGAGCUCGGAGCCAAUGAGGUUCUGCCAUUCUGUUUCCACAGCAGUGAAAUAAACAAGCCUUUGCCAGCCACCUCCCAAGAACAAGCCAACCUCACGCUCCAGGCCCAAGUCUGGGGAGUCUGAAGGCAGGGAGCGGCGGUCUGUAGCGUGGCUGUGGCCGCAGGAUUGAGACUCGGCCGGACUGUCUUUCGAACCGGGAACUCCCGGUCAAGGCCGUUGAGCCUUUCGGAAGCCUUUGAUUGGAUGCACUGGGAGGCGGCCGCCGGGCUUCCCCAUCGGGAAUAAUUUUCCGUUUUGGCUUUUCAAUCAACUGGAAUAGCCACUCGAGGCUGAAAUUCUGGAACCUCUGGAUCUGACCUACUCUGAUUUCAGAAUAACCGUGUGGGUGCCUUUAAAACUUUUGACUUGAGGAGGCGGUGCAUGGGAAAAAACAAACUGGGGGGCAGUUCCAGCAAGAUCCUGAUCCAGCAGCCCAGACUGCCCAUGACCUUGAAUCAUGUAUCCCAAUCCUCUGAUCUACUGCACCUGCUGGGACCCCUGGAACCUGGGACCACGGAAGCUAAUCAAGACCCCUCGGCCACCACACAAAAUCUCUAAAGGGAAGCCCAAGCUAAGUCCUCUCGCAGCAGACUCAAAAAAACAAGAUGACUGCCAACUAGCUAUAAAACCCCUUAUCCCAAACAAACCUUCCCCUCUCGGAAUGAAAAUCAAUUUUGGAAAACAGAGCAUGAAAUUACCUUAUGAAGUGGUGAACGUGUCACCUGGCUAUCGCCUUGUUCGGAAUCGGGAGCAGAUUUCGGUCACCUUAGGGGAUGAGCUGUUCGACCGAAAAAAGCCCUCAGACACGGAGAUCACGAGCAAAAUAGGAGCUUCCAGGACUAAUAUCAUUUCUGACCUAGAAGAGCAGAUCUCGGAGCUGACAGCGAUCAUAGAGCAAUUGAACAGGGACCACCAGGCUGCCCAAAAAUUGCUCGCCAGUGAGAUGGAAACACGGUGCGCCGAGUUGGAGCAGAACUUUGAAAACAAGCACAGGUACGCUUUCCAGCAUAGGCCCUUGUAUGUUGCCGUCCUGGCAUCCUUUGCAGGAUUUCGGCUCACUGAAACUCCCAACAGCUUGAAGGGCAGCCUGGAAGGUGUGCACAUCAGAGAACUGAUGAGUGUGUUGUUUUCCUUUUGUCCAGAGGAGCUGAGAAAGGAAUAUAAAUACUUGAAGAAUAUGUUCCAUGUGUAUCAGGACAGCAUUCAUGAUGAGAUGGAGGAUAAGUGGUCCAAGAGGAAGGCAGAAUGGGAGAAGGAUGAGAGGAUGGAACGAGAAAAGAUCCUGCUACAGCAAAAACACAGGAUGACAAAGAGGUUUGAGGUACAGUCAGAAGAAGAGAAGAAGAGGAUCAAUCACUCCUACACUACUGCCUUGGAGAUCUUCAACCGAGAGAAGGAGGAGUUCUUGAAACAACAUGAAAACAACGCCAAAAAAUUAGAAGAACUGGCCAAGACCAAAGAGACCAUACAGGAAGAGUUGCAUGCACAAGCUGUGGUCCUCGAAUCACUUAACACAACCCUCUACCAAACCCAGUUGGAACUCCAGAAAGAGAAAACUGCAGUGAUGUAUCUUGAGAAAACACUCCAGACCAAGUUUACUGAAGCUGAAGAAAAGUAUAAAUCCACCAUACACCUCCUGACACAAGAAAACAUGCGAUUAAGGCAAAAAUUAGUUGCCAAGAAUGAAGAAACUUAUGAAGGGCGAUCUGGGAGAUUAGCUUCUAUUAAUGCUUAUGAAGAUUAUUCUGAUAUUUUAGAAGAUGGCAGAGGCCCCACCAGAAAACAAGAAUAAAACCUCUCCCGUAUCUGAAGACAGCAAGAACGGCAGUUCUGUGUGCCCAGGGAGCACCUGUGAGCCUGUCUGGAGAAGUGCAUCUGAUGAGUGUUGUUCUUGGAUUGCCUUGAUUCUGUUUUCAUCCUCCCAUGACUGGCCGUCUGCUCACUGGGCGGGAAGGCUUGACUGAUUGCUCCCCUCAAUCGUGCAGUGGUGCGUGCUUCUGAUGGAGGAAGGAGCUCCCUUCUGGCCUUGUACUCAUUUCCUCUUCUGCCUUCACAGAGAGAGACUGAACCAAAGUUCUUCCUAUUAAACAUUGUGCCUUUU